AUGAAUUCGUUAGAAACAGCCCCAUUUGAUGAAAAAAAAAUUGCUGUUUUGUCAAGACCGUGUCACAAAUCUAUGAAAACAAUGGCAAAAUUGCAUGAAUUUGGCUUCAUUUUGCUUCCACAUCCACCAUAUUCGCCAGAUCUGACCCCCCAGCGACUUUUUCCUGUUUUAGACCUCAAAAGAACCCUCGCUGGAAAAAAAUUUAGCGCCAAUGAAGAAGUAAUCGCUAAAACUGAAACCUAUUUUGAAGCAAAAGACAAAUCGUACUACAAUAAUGAUAUCAAAAAGUUGGAAAUUCGCUGUAAUUGCUGGCGAUGUAUGGCGAGGCUGAGAGCAGACAAUUGGCCAAGUCAUUUACUGGAAGCCGAAGAGCAAAAGACCACUCGGCCGCCCAAGACAAAGAUGAGUAGAUAG